UCGUGCAAGCACCUGUGAAGGCCAUGUGACGUGUGACGUCAGGACCUCCACACACGCAUUGUAUUCAUACUGUGAGGCUCGUACCUGGACCGCACACAUAGACAGCCAUUGUGAAGCGCGGACCACGUCGGCGGUACUAACCUGGCAAAGUUCACUCACACAAGAGUGUACAACCUGUCGCGGCCGCGAUCGCCGCGUGCUCACAUUUUCCUUUCAAACGCCCGAAGAUUAUUAUAACAAUGAGCUCAGUUAAUCGGUGAUGAAAAUUUUUUAACACCUUAAACAAUUCCUAAGCUGGUUCAACCGGCUAAGUCAGUAGUGUUUGUGUGAUUGAAAAAUUAAUUAUGCCUUAUAUCAUGGUGAUGGGCAGCCUGAGCGCACCUCAUCUGUCCAAGGAUGAAGGUGCUACUGUGUAUGGGCUGAAACGUGAUGAACGAGCUACGCUUGUAAGGGAACUGAAUUCGUCCUUCGGCAUGUCGGUAGCAACGGCAAACGAAUCGGAAAGAACAGUUCGCGUCACCCAAAAAGGUCUGACUCUAGUCGUUGUCAACCGGAUCCACGGCCUGCUGGGAUACGACGUGGUGUCACACGCAAUGGCCAUGACCAACGCCAACCGGGAACUGAUCUCCUUCACCAUGUAUAAGAAGACGAGCGCGAACUCCCACGGCCAGGCACAUGGGCAAACACACGGGCAGAAACACGGUCAGACACACGGUCAGUCACACGGUCAGACACACGGUCAGUCACACGGUCAGACACACGGUCACGGACACAGCAGCUCGCACAACAAAAGUCACGCACACAGCAGCGUUGUCACUCUUUGACGGACCUUAUUAGAAAAUAAGUAGCUAUGUACUUAGAUUUGAAGACCACUCGGGAAAGAACAAGGAAUGUCAGUUAAUCAUAAAGAAUAAACUGCAAUCCAAAGUACAAAAGUAAACUAUAUGAAAUUUCAAUAUUUACCUUAUAACGAUGUGAAUAAAAUUUAAUUUUCUACGAAUAAAAUAAAUAAUUAAAAGCGUCAUAGCCACUAACAGCGAGUUGCUAAUAAAGCGACGACGAUAGGAUGAAAAGUAUUCUCAAAAGCUAUUAGAUGGCAUUGUUAACUCAAUUUAUGAUUUUAACUGACUUUCCUUGUUUUUCCCGCGCGGUCUUCAUUUUAUAGGCGCAACUGUAGAUGCAUACCUACUUAGAAAUUUGUUUUUUUUUUUUAAUAAAUCUUUUAUUGGAAUUUUGUUCAGUACUUACUCAACUUAAAGUUGUGCUGUGUGACACACUCUUACAAUGUUUAAAAUCUGUGUAAAUAAUCCAAGAGAAUUUGAGAUGAUUUUAUAUUGUAAAAAAAUUUAUCUCAUUUGUAAAUUCCAGAAAGAAAAUAUUUUAGUGGUUCGAAAAUGUACUAAAGCAAAAAUGUGCAAAAGUUACUCUUAGUCUUAACCUAUUAUUAGCUGAUGCCCGCGACUUCGUCCGCGUGGGUUAAAGUUUUCAAAAAUCCAUAGGUAAGUAUCUAAACAAGGAAUAAAGCGGGAUUUGUCAAAAUUAUCCCAGGAUAAAGAGGGAUAAGUGACCCUUGAAAAUUGCGACAUAGAUUAUUUUUAUUAAGUAAAUUGUGUAUGUAGGUACGUUUGUAAAUGUUAUUAUAGUUGAAAUAAAAAAUGUAUAAUGCUUACGUCA